UGGCGGGUACCAAAAUGUUAAUAUCAGAGUGAGGUUAAUAUAGUGUCAAUUCAAUUUUUUGUAAAUAUCUUUUUUCCUAUUGUUUGAAAAAUAAGCAUUACCAAACAACUUCACAAUUAUCGUUUAUACUAGUGAUGCAUUAAAAUUUUAUUAUGGAAUUUUUGGUCGAAUCCUCCAAAAUAUGUAGGUUAUGUCUUGGAAAAGGCACAAAAUGUAUUUUUGAUUUCGAUCCUCCGAUCGUAUAUAAGUUGAAACAAUGUGCCUCAAUAGAGUUGGAAAUUGGAGAUGGACUCCCAGAUCACAUUUGUGAUGAUUGUUUGAAAAAAAUGGAGGAUACAAUAUCUUUCAGAGAAUUAUGUGAAAACAAUGACAGGCUACUGAGAAAAACUCCUAAAAAGUCUGUUGAUGAUCAGUCCAGUACAAACAUUAGUGCAAAUCUAAUUAGUGAAGAUGAUUUGAAGUCCGAAAAACUUUUAAUAUGUAUCUAA